CGCAACAACAUCAUCUGUGAUAGGUGCGAUUUGGUAAAGCCCAGUUGGACUCAUUUUAAAUACUGCAUUUUCUGAAAGGUGUUAUGCCUAAACAGAAGAAGACAGCCUUGACUUCGGUGGAGAAGUAUGAGCUGGAUGCCUGGUUGCAGGAGCAUAAUAUCAAUCCCAAUAAUUUGCGUCGCUCAUUUACCGAUGUGCUACCAUUAGCUCGUCUUCUGUCCCGUUUAUAUCCAGAACUGGUGGAUGUUAAUCACUAUCCACCGCGCAACAGCGUACAAUCCAAGAUAUCCAACUGGACGCUCUUUAAUAAGCGAGUUCUAGAACGCUUAGGUGUACGUAUUACGCGAGAGGAGAUGGAUCGUGUGGCGCGCAGCGUACCUGGCUCCAUAGAUUUGCUCUUAUUUAGCAUUAUGCGUGCACACAUGGAAACGGUAGGCAAACGCAAAGAACAAAGACAACUGAGGCAUGAAGAGAAUACUGGUGAUAGCGCUGCUUCGGACGAUGAUAAAACGUCUCAGCAAGAUGACAUCGACAAACCGGAGGAAACUAUGACAACGGAUGACUUAAAUACAUCUUUGGCACCAGUCGCGUCGGGAAACGAAGUGGUGGAAGCGAGGCCCCAGAUGCUACGCUCUCACAUUGCAGACACAGGUCUAAAUUCGCCGGAACGCAGCCUGAACAAGACAGAGAUGACACGUGGCGGGAGUGACUCUGGCGUUAGCGCGAAACAGCGGAGUGGUACGCCGCAGGCACGCAGGAACCCGAGCAAAAACGAGAAGAAUAGAGAGGCCGUCAUGGUGAAUGUCCGCAAACAAAUAGGUGAUCUUGUCUGUGAGAUACCCCAAAAAAUGGUUCUUUAUUCCGUCUAUGCGCAGGCCGUCGACCAGCUCAGACACAAAAGAGCCAAGAUAGCGCAAUGUGACCAAAGGAAUGCCCAUCUGGAGAAUAUGCUGCAACUUAAAACCGAACACAUUGAUGAGCUGCAGAAUCAAAUUCACCACGCACGGUUGCAUCAGUGGGUCAUGCCGCCGAUGGUGGAGACUCUUCAAGGGCGCGCUGAGGGUGGUCAGGACGGUAUGGUUACAAAGGGUCAGGUAUAAAGCCAGAAACCCUCCAGAAACUCAACUUCCACCACUGUUGUUGGGAAUAUUUUAUGACAAAAAUUUUCAAUUCCAUAAUAGCUCGAUAAAUUAAUAUUUGGUUCGAAUAAAUUACAAGUGCAUGAACAUAAAAA